CGUCUCCUGCGGGUUGAACUCCCUCUUUUAUACAAGAGCAUGGUGACGGGGAAGCGAGCGCGCGGACUCAUCGCCGUCCUCUGGAUCCUCUCCUUCGUCAUCGGCCUGACGCCGCUGUUGGGUUGGAACAACAUGGAGGCGAGUAAGAACUGCACUAACAAGAUGUUGCCCCCCGACGGGGGGAGACAGAACAACUGCCUGGUGACCUGCCUCUUCGAGAACGUGGUGCCCAUGAGUUACAUGGUCUACUUCAACUUCUUCGGCUGCGUCCUCCUCCCGCUGUUCAUCAUGCUCUGCAUCUACGUCAAGAUCUUCACCGUCGCCUGCAAGCAGCUGCGGCAGAUCGAGCUGGUGGGCCACUGCCGGAUGACGCUGCAGAAGGAGGUCAGCGCCGCCAAGUCGCUAGCCAUCAUCGUGGGCCUGUUUGCCCUCUGCUGGCUGCCCCUCCACAUCCUCAACUGCCUGACUCUUUUCUACCCCGCCUUCAAGGCCAGCAAGCCCGAAUGGAGCAUGCACUUGACCAUCAUUCUCUCCCACACCAACUCGGUGGUCAACCCCAUCAUUUACGCCUACCGCAUCCGGGACUUCCGGUACACCUUCCGGAAGAUCCUCACCCGCUACGUCCUCUGCAAGAACGAGGACUUUCCCAAGGGCUCAAAAGGGAGCAUCGGCGGCAGUAGCCGUCACCUGGAGGUGAAUAACGUGAAUACCUCCCCAACGUACGUUUGA